CCAACAUGUGAUAUAAUUUUCUGGCAUUUAUUUGUUGGUAUUUGUUAUUUUCAGGUUAUUUUUUCUAUCCUUGUUCCAUAAUAUUGUUGUUAUAAGCUGAUUCAAAUAAUCAUUCUGUUAAGCUGAUUGAUAAUUAUAUUAUUAGAUUGAAUGCUUGAUUAUAUUGUAACAUUAAGUAAAGAUGACCGAGAAUGAUGGAAAGAAAUUUGCUGUGUUAGGAGUAAAACCAUGGCUUAUUAAACAAUUGCUUACGUUGGGUAUUAGAACACCAACUCCAAUCCAAAAAGGCUGUAUAUCGCGAUUAUUGGCUGGUGAUGACUGCAUUGGAGCUGCCAAAACUGGGUCAGGAAAGACAUUUGCAUUUGCCCUACCCAUUAUCCAGCACUUGGCCGAGGAUCCAUAUGGGAUUUUUGCAUUGGUUCUUACUCCAACACAUGAGCUGGCUUAUCAGAUUGCAGAUCAAUUCACAAUUUUAGGACAACCCCUAAAACUCAGAGUUUGCAUAGUGACAGGAGGAUCGGAUCAAAUAGAAGAGUCACUGAAAUUAGCUAAAAGACCACAUAUAGUGGUAGCGAUGCCAGGUCGUUUAGCAGAUCACAUAUCAGGCUGUGAUACAUUCUCAUUAAAGAAAAUUAAAUAUUUGGUUCUGGAUGAGGCUGAUAGGUUAUUCAGUGAAUCUUUUCAAGAAGAUUUAGAAACAAUAUUCAGUGCUUUACCAUCUAAGAGGCAGAAUCUUCUUUUCUCAGCUACCAUUACACCUGAUGUGCGUGAAUCGAAAUUAUUACCCUUAAAUAAUGAUAAACUUCUUGUAUGGAAAGAAACUGAUGAACAACUAACAGUUUCGACAUUGGACCAGCGUUACGUCGUUUGUCCUGCGUACGCCCGUGAUGUAUACCUUGUACAAACUCUGAGGAAAUAUCGAGAAACAAAACCAAGUUCUCAUAUCAUUGUCUUUACUGAUACAAAGAAAGAAUGCCAAGUCCUUUCGAUGAUGUUAAACGCGAUAUCGAUGGACAAUAUUUGUCUUCACGGGUUUAUGCGCCAGAAGGAACGCGUGGCAGCUUUAGCGCAGUUCCGGAGCAACCUCAAAUGCACCUUGGUGGCUACGAACGUGGCCGCUAGGGGCUUGGACAUACCAACCGUGGACCUCGUCGUCAACCACAAACUACCGCUCGAGCCUAAGGAAUAUAUACAUAGGGUCGGCAGAACCGCCAGAGCAGGUAGAAGCGGAAUGGCGAUAUCUCUGAUAACACCCUACGACAUUCUGCGCCUCGGAGAAAUCGAAGAUCAGAUCAAGACUAAACUGACUGAAUACAAAAUCGACGACGACGAAGCCGUGAAGGUGUUCACGACGGUGAGCGUGACGCGCCGCGAACAAGAGGCGCAGCUCGACAACGAACAGUUUGAACAGCGGAAACGCAGCUACAGGGUCAAGAGGUGGAUCCAAGCUGGCGUCAAUCCGGAGUUUAUGGAGCAGGGGUUAGAAGAAGCGCGGAGACAACGUAUUAAAGCCGCGAAGAAAGCGAAGCUCGCUAAAAUUAAGAAUAUACAGUCCCAAAUGAACGAAGACAAAUCAGAUGUGAACACCGAGGAACGCCUGCGACCCUGCGAAGACAAGGACAUCGAUAGCACUAUCAAAGAAGGCCUAAAGAAAGUCAACAAAAGGCUAAUGAAACAAGAUGAACGCUUUAAAAAUGUUAUAGGAAAGAUUACUAAAAUAAAACAGAGUGCCAACAAAUUGCAGGCCAAGCAGGAAGCAGAAGAUAUGGCUCCGAAGAAAAAGAAAAAGAAAAAUGUGAAAUAAAUUUAUAUCUUGUA